UUCCUUUAUAUUUUAGAACACAAGAAUGAGUUAUUGUUUCAAGGCAUUGUUUGUAAUAAUUGUAGCCAUUGUGACAUAUUCGUUCAUACAACCUGAUGAUUAUGACACGGGUAUAUUAAAGAACAAGAGAGUUUUGAUAACCGGUGCAAGCCAGAACAUAGGGGAGGAACUUGCGACACAGUAUGCACAAAGUGGGGCCAAGAUCGUCAUAACUGCACGAAGAGAAGACAAACUAAAAGAAGUUGCAGCAAAAUGCCGCAAAGCUGGUGCGACAUCUGUGGAUUAUAUUGUUGCCGAUAUGGCUGAUAUUGAACAAGUUAAGAAUGUGGUGAAAGAUGCAGUUGCUUUGUUAGGUGGUUUAGACCAACUUGUAUUAAACCACGUAACUGGGUUGAACCAUCCUGGGAUGUGGAACAAUUCACAGUUUAAUUUGGAUUAUGCUCAAAAUUCAGCUAUUGUAAACUAUGUGAGUUACAUCCAUCUAUCCACGCACGCCAUUCCUCAUCUAACGGAAUCAAAUGGGAACCUUAUUGUUGUUUCAUCACUGGCUGGUCAUGUCCCUACAAUAAACACUGCAAUAUACGGGGCAACCAAAGCCUCAUUGAAUCACUUCUAUGCGAGUUUAAGACUUGAAAUGAUGGCAAGUGAAAGGGACCCAUAUUCCAUCACUAUCUGCAUGAUGGGACCCAUUGAAACUGAUCGAAGCAGAUGGAGCAAAUUUCCAGAUAAAGUAAACAUGAAAGGCAACCCAAUAGAUGAUACUGCUGCACAGAUUAUUAAAGCUGGUACAACACGGAGAUCAUAUUUAUUUAUCCCAUGGUGGACGAAAUAUGCAAGCGCUGUAAAAGCGAUUCCAAGUCAACUGGUCGACCGCAUGUUUCUCAAGAUAUUCUACAAUAAAUAAAUAAACAUUGUAUUGGCAAAAUGAUAACUUUGAAUUGGUUGUAUACAUUUAUUUUGGUUUAUAUAAUAUUCAACAAAUAGUAUUUUCCAAUGUUUGAUUAGAUUUUGUGAUAUAAUUGUCGCCAAACCUGGGGUGGCAGGGUAGGCAGUCCUAACCUGGGAUUUUGUAAAACUAGCUGUCAAAAAUACUGAAGUUACGGUCAAAUUCAACUUAACUUAUAGUAACACCUGUGAAAAGUGGUGCAACCAAUUCAAAGGUUAUUGUUUUGUUGACACUUUGUAAAACUAGCUGUCAAAAAUACUGAAGUGUCGGUCAAAUACAACUUAACUUAUAUAAUCACCUGUGAAAAUGGUGCAACCAAUUCAAGGUUAUUGUUUUGUUGACACUUUUUGAAUUUCCUCAAAUGCUAUCCGAAUAACAUUAACAAUAUGCAGUGAUUUAAGCAAUUAUUUAACAAAUAUUCUUCUCUAAUUUGUUUACUGUGUUUUUGUGAUUUAAUUUCACAACUGCAACUCAAAAUGUAAAAAUAUUCAAAAUGAUUUUUUUUCAACUGUAUUAAAACUUUGUUUUGGUAAACUUCUAUGCAGUUUAAAUUGGUUGAUCAAACAUGCAUUAAAACUGUAAUUUUUUUAUAAAUUUGUAUAAACUUUUUUAUAUAAAACUCACCUGCAAUUUAUUCUAUAAGUUCAUACAGUGAGGCAUGCCAUGGUAUCUGGGGUGUAGCCAUAGUUGGCCCAUUACCCCAACACUUUAUACCCAUAAUGUAAUAUAUAUGAGUAAGACCCUACAGUGUGGCAUGCUAUGGGAUCUUCAAAUGAAUACCACAGCUGCCCCAUCACCCUCUAAGCCUACAGUUCAUUUUGUUCAUGAUUUUUGAAGUGUUAAUUUUUUUAAUUGAUUUUCUACUACUACUGCCUUGAUUGUAAAAUGCAAGUAUUUAUUUCUUGAUGCUAGUGAAGAUUCCCCCCCCAUGUUAUCUGCUUACCCCCAACUACCAACCUCUAACACUUCCCACCAGCUUAAUGGUAAUAUGUAACAUAUCUGAAGAUUCUUCACUGGUGCCAAUUUCUUUAAUUUGUUUAAUCUUUGUUGCA